CUGGCUUCCCGUACUGCCACUCACUCUUUGCUCAAGUCGCGAGUGUACUCGUAGCAAAGUGGUAUAGCAGUAUUGCUAACUUUGACUUCGGUUCAGUUUCAGUGCCACUUCUGCCCCAGGUUGAGCUCAUAUUCGGUGUGGUGAAAAUGCGUUUUGCGUGCUCUGUUGUUAUCAGUCUCAUACUGGUCAUUGGAUCUUCAGAGGGCAGCGAUGUGCUCGAGCUUGGAGACUCAGACUUUGAUCGCACUGCAGCCAUGCAUGAGACUAUGCUGGUAGAGUUCUUCGCACCUUGGUGUGGUCACUGCCAGAGGCUGGCUCCUGAAUAUGAGACCGCUGCAACAAAGUUGAAAGGGACAGUGCCUCUAGCAAAGGUUGACUGCACAACAAACACUGAGAUCUGUGAACGUUUUGGAGUAAAUGGAUACCCCACACUUAAAAUCUUCCGCAGUGGAGAGGAAGCUGGAUCUUAUGAUGGGCCCAGAACAGCAGCUGGAAUUGUCAGCCAUAUGAAAAAGCAUUCAGGGCCGAGUUCUGUUGCUCUGAUCAGUGAGGUUGAUUUGGAUUCUUUUGUUGACAACUUUGAGGCUGGUGUGGUGGGCUUUUUCUCUGGGGACGACAGUGAACAGCUUGCAGAGUUUCUGAAGGCAUCUAGUGCCAUGAGUGACAGCUAUCGAUUUGCCCAUUCUACUGAUGUGGGAACAGGUCUGAAAUACGGUGUAGUUGAAGAGUGUGUUCUGCUGUUUCGUCCUCCACGCUUGAACAGCAAGUUUGAGGACAGUGUGGUAAAAUACACUAAACCGGUUUCAUUGUCCUCUCUGCGCACAUUCAUCAGAGACAAUGUAUUUGGGCUCUGUCCACAUCUGACCACUGAGAACAGGGAGACUCUGAGGGAAAGUGACCUGCUUACAGCAUACUACAAUGUAGAUUAUAUACGGAAUAUUAAAGGCACAAACUAUUGGAGAAACAGAAUAAUGAAGGUGGCGACACAAUUCCAGGGUCGAGGUUUGAAUUUUGCGGUUGCAGAUAGGCAGGAGUUCCAGGAUGAGCUUGAGGAGGAGUUUGGUUUGGGUCUGUCAGAGGAAGGAGACAUUCCCCUCAUCACCAUCCGAACCAGUGCCGGACACAAGUACAGCAUGCAAGAGGAAUUCACGAGAGAUGGGAAGUCCUUGGAGAGGUUCUUGGAAGAUUACUUUGAUAAUAAAUUGAAAAGAUAUGUUAAGAGUGAAGCUGUUCCAGACUCUAACGAUGGCCCUGUCAAGGUUGUUGUGGCCGACACAUUCGAUGAGAUUGUAAACGAUCCACAAAAGGAUGUGUUGGUUGAAUUUUAUGCUCCCUGGUGUGGCCAUUGCAAGAACCUGGAGCCCAUAUACAAGGAGCUUGGAGAAAAGCUUUCUGGGGACCCCAGCAUUGUUAUAGCCAAAAUGGAUGCCACUGCUAAUGAUGUUCCUCCUAAUUAUGACGUCCAAGGAUUUCCAACAAUUUACUUUGUACCAUCUGGACAAAAAGAGCAGCCACAGCGAUAUGAGGGUGGUCGGGAGGUUAGUGACUUCAUCAGCUACUUAAAGAAAGAAGCCACAAAUCCACUCGUCCUUAGCGACUCAAGGGAGGAACUGUAAACAAACAUAGAGACAGUGACUUUAAGGUAGAGAUAUGUACAGAGCCACACUGAAGAGAUCAUUUGAUCGUCAGUACAACUAUUUUUUCACAGCUUCAAAGCAGCUAUAUAGUAUGAAAUUGAAUGGAAUCAUUGAUGCCCAUUUGGCCCACUGCUAAAGCUGCUAUUCACUUGUAAAGUGUUAGUGACUGUAAACUAAAACUGCGUAUAUGUUAAGGAUUGUGGUUUAAAAAGUUAAAUACUGAUGUCUUUUAAAAAUCAGUUCCCUU